AUGGGUGAAGACAUGGUGAAGAAACUGCUGUUCGCGAUGAGCGCCAUAGAAGACACUCUACCCCGGUACCUCGCGAUACAUAACAAGCAGUGGGACGACAUCUUCACUAGAGCGGGCGGCAAGCUGCAUACUGGGGUGUGCCGUCCUAACUAUCGUUAUUUCGUUGCUUGGCACAAUGUAUUUCAGCAUCCCCGACUCGGUGCUCGCGAUUCGCAUCUGGCCCAGCGGCACGGGCAGUACUGCCUCGACUUCUUCCACGCACCUGUGAACACUCCCGACCGCUACGAGAUCGUGCACGUUCCCCACCCGGGUGUGUUUACAUUCAGGGGGAGGCUGGUGUCCUGGGAGAAAGCUUUGGGCAAAGACCAACAUAUGCCUCCGGGAACAGAUAGGUACAGCGUGCCAGAGGGGUCGCAGCUCGUGGUCGUGCGUCCUGGAGAAGAUCCCUUUUAUUUUCAAGUUCCUCUUAGACCAGCUCAGCAGCAGCGCGUCGAGUAUGCACAGCCUGUGGCUGCUCUCCCCUAG